AUGGUAGUCACUAAUUCGAAGUGGACUGACAUUCAUAUGCUAGGUGUGAGAGUAGGAUCAAUUAAAUCGCUCCCAUUCGGUAUAAUUAAUAAUGGUAUCACUCGUGCACUAGUUGAGAUCAGUUUAGACAAAUACAAUGAAUUUCAAAUAUUAGACAAUAACAAAUCCCUUACAACAGAUGAAUGUAUGGAUGAACAUAUUAACAUGAACGAAAUGGUAGCUUCUACAAAGAGUCAAUUAAGUAGUUCAUCUCAAUUCAAUAAAUCAGAAAAGCAGUCUGUAGUUGGUAUUACAAAUCUGAACUCUCAUAAUUAUUUGGAGUACGAUAAAACGUCUGAGGUAUAUCGGAUUUUUAUAUCACCUAAAGCUAAAUGGAUUGGGAGUAUAAUCUACAAGCCAAAAGUUGUAUCACUUCAUGACUUUACACUUCCGCUUAUUAUUAAUAAACUCAGUCCAAAACUAUUAAGUCAAAAAUUCGAAGAAGCAAAUAAUUCUAAUGAAGAGCAACUCGUUAACGAAGAUCAGUCAAAUUCAAAGCUAACUGCUAAAGAAUUUGAACCAAGAGUUUUAGCUACAGGGUUAAGACAACCGAUAACAACUGAACCUAAGAAUGGAGCAUUGAAGUUCACCACCACACUGGGUGAUACACCUUCAGAAUCUGGAAAUGUUUUAUACCAACAUUUAAGUAUUAAAUCAAUUAUUAAUUUGCCAAUGAAGUGGCAUUUAGCUGUCCAUGAGAUUCAGCGUUUCAAUAAACGUGGUUAUGGCAAGCUAACAAUACGCGAUAUCAAUGGUACAGAGUUACUGCCUGAUUUAGAUGGGUAUAUCAACGGGGAUUUCAUGGAUUGUAAUGAUAAAAAUGUGCAACUUGAAAUUCAACUUUGUCCAAUUCAAGCAGGAUGUUUCAAGUUGAAUUUACCACUUUGGUUAACAUUUCUUGAAAGUUUUGAAUGUGAACAAAGUCCAAAAUCUAAUCAUACACAUUAUCAAACACUUCAAAUUAUUAUUGAGUUGAAAAAAAUGGAAAUUAAAUUUGAACCAGAAAGAAUAUUACUGCCACCAGUUCCUACUGGAGUAAAUGUAAGAGUGCCAGUCUCACUAACUUCAUAUCAGUUAAACAAACCAACUAAAAUAACAGGAUUUUGGAAUUUUUUACCAGCAUGUGAAGUUCAGUCACCGAUUUGUGAAGCAAACAUCCAGUGUCCGUUUACCGUCGAGUAUCCUGAAGGACAAAUUAUGAAACCAGAUAAUGCCUUGUCUACUUGUAAUACUGGAAGUUUAAAUUUACUUCUAAUUUUCAAUUCUAAGAUAAAUGGACUUGUUUUAGCACCAAAUCCUAGACCACUGUGUUUAAUUAUUAUCGCCAGUAACGUUAACUCUGAUGUAGAUGGGACAUCCUACUCCUCAAAAAGAAAUCCCUUGUCAUCGUAUAUUUGCUCAGCUGCUUUACCUGUCAGUGCUGCUGUAGACAAUUCACUUAUCAGUUGGUUCGACUAUGUAACCCGUCGACCAAGUGAAUUCAGACUUAAUUAUCCCCAGAAUCCUGCAGUGAUUGUUAGCAAGCUGAAAAAGAUUAAAUACAGUCAGAAUUUCAAUAUUUUAGCACUAUACCACUUAUUUGAUGAGUUAAAACUUACACAGAAAGAAUAUCUAGAUACAGAAGAUACAUUUUCAGAUCAAAGUUCCAAUGUAGACAAUAAUAUGCAACAGAAAUUUGAUCAAAAAUCUAUGUGUGGUUUAGGUUAUUCAUACCUCAACUGUAAAACGUAUAAUAUCUCAAACAGCCCUUUUUUGCUUGAAACUCAUUCAGACAACUUAAAUGACACUGAUCACAGAAGACCAUCACCCUCAACUGUCGGUACAACAAUGACAAAUAUAUAUGGAUCAAGUACAUUUUUACCGGAUUGGCAGUUGAUUGAUCAUGCUGCAACAGAAUACUUACAGCGUUGGUUAAGUGUACAUGGAUUUCCAAAUGGACAUCAUUCAUUAAAAUUUCCAGAAGAUUUUAGAAAUUGUAUAUCACUGUCGGCUACAGUCGCUGAUCUAUCAGUUAUGGGUGAGAAACAAAAGUCUUACAUUAAAUCACAGUCAAACACAAUGAUUGGUGAAUCAAGUCGAAGUUUAAAACUCAAAGAUAACAACUAUAACAAUAGCAAUAGCCAUGGGAAUGAUAAAACUUCGAAUGAAUUCGUUUCACGUAGUCUCAAUCCACUGUACAACUGCUUACAGCAUCUUUGUGGUGAUAAACAACCUCCUGGUCUAUUGCCUACAAUUAAUUUAUCAAUAAAUAAUCCUUAUGAGGCAUUGUCAACUGUUUAUUUCUAUUGUUCUGCUUUAUUAACAUUUGCACGAAGUCAAGGUAGUUGUUUACCACAUGUUUUACCGGAACAUUUAAUGGAACCGAAUGAUUAUCACUUAUGGCAUAAAUAUGGUUGUCCAGGUCUAACAGAAUCUGCACGCAUAUUACAUGUUUCCCUUAGUCAAAAUUUCAAUGCUACACCAACCACGUAUUCUGAAUCAAAUCAAACAGCUGAGACUGUUAACAAGCAAAAUGGCCGUCAUGAGGAUUCUCUAAAGAUUAAUUUGUGCCCACUGAAAGAAUCAAGUGUAGAACAGUUUUUGAUUAUAUCCGAAAGAGCAUGGACAGAUUUAAUGCUACAGAUAAUUAAGUGUCUCCUGUUUAAUCGAAUCGAUAUCAAUUCACUAGAUUCAGCUUACCUACCACCUAAAGAACUAUUAAAAAAUAAAUCGAAUGAAGCAUCUCCAUCCGCUAUUUCGUCCUCCACAUCACCAAUGUCUUAUUCACAACCAAAUGAACCAAACUAUGAGACAAAUCAAAUCUUGGAACAUGCAGUAAACUCACUAGAGAAAACCGAUCAUAGGCAAAUUUCAAAAUUAACAAAUUCAACUGAUCUACAAGUCGAUAGUUGUUAUUCUUCAUGUGAACGUAUUUUGUUGACAUGGUUGAAUUACUGUUAUCAUCAGUAUGCAUGUCAAAUAUGGCCGGAUAAGAAAUCAAUAUUUAUGGAUCGUCUCAUUGUUACUAACUUUGAUAAUGAUUUACGUGAUGGUAUUGUAUUAGCCUCUACGAUUGGAGCAUACAUUCCCAGCCUUAUUCCAAAUUUCUUGUCUAAAAUAUAUACACAACCAACAUCAAAGGAAAAAUGCUUUCACAAUGCGAUCAUUUUAGUUCAGGCAUUGCGAACAAUUCGUUUUGAAUACGAUUUAUAUCCAUCGGAUAUAACAAGUCCACAUCCAUUUGCAAUGUCACUACUAUGCUUACACCUAUUCUGUCAACUGCCUGACUAUUUACCGAAACAAACAAUACACUUUACAGGUCUUUUAAAUUCUUCUGCCAAACGUCAAUUAGUAAUCACAAAUACUAGCUCACAUACCUUGACUUACAGUUGUAUCAUAAUUGGUCCAAACGCAACUGAUUUUAAUUGUACAUCUAGUGGAAAUUUAAACAAGUCGACAAAACGUGAAAACAAUAAAGUAAAAAAGUGUCAAAAUUCAAUAAAUGACAGUAUUACAAAUAUUAAUAAUAAUAGUAAUAAUGGUCAAGUGUAUAAUAACAUGAAAGAGAUGAAGAUUACUGUACCAUCAAAAGGAAAAGUACAGUUAUCACUUGAAUACAAAUCUCGCUUCCUUAAACCAACAGAGGCGAUAUUUUUAGCCGUCUCUCAACGCCAAAAUGGAUGUCACGGCAAAAACUUAUCGUUUAUUCUAUCAGGAACUGUAGGUGGACUAGAAGCAUUGCAGGCUAAAGUUGUCAGAUCACCAUGUUAUCAAAUGACAGAAUUUAAAUUGCCUGUUAUAAAUCCAUAUAAAACAGGUGGUAUCUUUCAAAUCACAGUAAUCGAAAGUCGUACUGAUCUAUUUAAUACAAUAUGUCAAGUUCGUGGUUUAACUACAAGCAAAAAAGAGUCGAAUUCAAGAAAUAUUCUAACCAGUGAAUCGUAUUCUGUAACUGAAAGAAGUUCAUUUGAUGAAUCAUCAGAUAAUAGUCAGUUGCCGCCAGAGAUUAUGAAAGAAUACUAUCAAAGGACACAAUAUCAAUCGUUUCACUGUCGUGAAUUCAGUAUUGAACUACAUGGAAAUGCUAAUAACAGCAGUACAAAUCUACAUACCACUAAAAUCUCCAAUGAUGUAGACAGUAAACAGCAACAACUGCAAAUGUUCGAAAGUUGUAGACAAAGUAUAGAUGAAUUAUCUAUCGUCUAUUUGCCUCUAGGAUGGGGUACACGAGAAUGUUGUUUAUUACUGUCGAAUGAAAUGAUUGGUGAAUUUGUUGUACUUUUAAAAGGAAUCGCUCAAUUACCACAACCAAGUGUUCUACCAUUUUCUGAUUCAUUUGAUGGAGUGAAUAAUCAGAAAUCUGUAAAGCAAAAUGAAAGAGGAUAUCGUAUUAAGUCUGCGGUUGCAGCAGCGUCUUUUGGACGUUCAGGUGAUCCAAAUGUUAUAUAUCUCAGGUGUCCAAUAGGCUGUGAAAUAAAAGAAACCUUAUGGUUACCAGUAAAGAAUGAAUCACGUCGAAUGGCACUGUUAAGUGCUAUACGUAUUCGACUUUCACCAGCUGAAGUUAAACGGCGUGAGCUAGCUAAUACACUUGAAUCAGAUGAACUACUGGAAUUGGCUAACAAAGAGUUAACACUACUUAAUUGUGAAGAAAAUUCAUUUGGUAAAAAUUCAAAAUCUCAGAAAAGAUUACAUGUUUCUCGUCACCUGAUGUAUAGUGUUGAAGUCGACUCAAGUAUGAUACGUGUUCCAUCAAAAAUACAGGUGCCAACACAAUUAGAUUCAGACUCCGAUUCGACGUUUCCACUUACUCUGCAAAUAAAGGCGGAAAAACCCGGAUUAACUUCAGCUAAACUGGUUUUGCAAGGUCCAGAUGAUAUACGCCUUUAUCGUAUUGAAUGUGUAGCCUUACCUGACAAUGAAAAAAUUGUCUUAACAUUCACUUCUCCAUUAAAUCAUCCAAUCACGCAACCAUUGCCCAUUGUGAAUAGAACAGCCUACGAUUGGGAAUUGAUCGCAAAGUUUACAGGCUACCCAGUGUGGUUCACUGGACCGUCUACUGUUAGUAUACCAUCAAACACAACUAUGCAGUAUCCUAUAACAUAUCUGCCAAGGAGGGAAGCAGAAAGUCAUACUAAACUUGUUCUACAGAACAUAACUGAUGGCAGUCAGCUAGAAUAUCAUCUAAAUGGAAAUGUUUUAAAACCAAUGUCACUGGGUAAAAUAAAUCUCGAGUUUACCAUAAAUGCCUGUGAUAUAAGCGAUGGUAUUUGCAAAAUUACAAAACAAACUCAUUUACAAACAUUCACAGUUAAAGUGCCAAAUUCAACUUCAGUGAAACAAAGUUUUCAAUUACAAACAAAUCUACCUAAAGGUCUUAUUGAAUGGAUACCGAAUAGUCAGAAGUCUAAAAUGAAUCGUAUUGAAGUUAUGUCGGGUCGUACUGAUGACUGCAAAUUUCAAGUUUGUGCAUCGAAACGAGGAUGUUAUCAAGGUGUUCUAGUUUUUUUGGCAGAUAAUCAGACUAAUAAUCCAGACAGCGAUGAUGACAAUGAAAACAAUGAUGAACAAAUGUCAACAAACAGAACAUCAAUGAAUCAUUUCAAUGAAACAUCACAUAAGCUAAAUGACACUGAAGAAACUGGUAAUCAAGUCUAUCGUAUCUGGUAUGAAAUAGAAAUUAAUAUUAAAGCAGGUCCGCCUAUAAAACAGGUUGAAAUUGUUUGUCCAUGCUUAAGUUGUAAAACCAUCGAAUUACCAUUUACAAUACAAUCUGAUUGGUUCACAGAUGGUCGAGUUGUUGAGUUCGACGUAGUUCUUGAUGAUAAGUGUUUAAGUGGUCCAAAAACACAUUCUUUACAACCUGAAAAUAAUUCUGCAGUGAUUUCAUCAGUUUAUAUGCUGGAAUAUACCCCAUCAAUUGUUGGAGUCAGUAGUGCAGCAGUCAUUUUUCAUAAUAAUGAUUGUGGUGAAUUUUGGAUUGAACUCCUACUGAAAGCAGUAAAACCAGAAAUUGUCAAUGUACCAAUUAUAGAAGCUGAAUUAGGAAGCUCCAAAAUAACUAAAAUAGUUUUAAAUAAUCCAACUGAUGAAAUGUACAUCUUAAAACCGAAAAUCACUAAUACAGAUGUCUUCAAACUCCAAUUAGCUACAUCAGCAAAACAAUUAGCGAAUAUAACAUCACCAUAUCUAUUAGAAACUGAUAUAAUAAAAAUGACUCACGUAUACAGAUGUCAACAAUAUGCCAAUAUCCAAAUGAUGACUUAUUACACUUUAGUGAAGAUUUAA